UAACAGAUAUCUGGAGCAAGUGUUGGAGAAGUAAUAAUUGUUGCAGAUAUGCAUAAAAGAAAGGCACAAAUGGCCAAAAAUGCUGAUGCUUUCAUUGCUCUUCCUGGUGGUUAUGGCACCAUGGAGGAAUUGUUGGAGAUUAUAGCUUGGUCUCAGCUGGGAAUUCAUGACAAACCAGUGGGUUUGUUGAAUAUAGAUGGAUACUAUAAUAGCUUGCUUGCACUUUUUGACAAAGGAGUUGAGGAAGGUUUCAUUGAGGAUUCAGCAAGAAAUAUAGUUGUCUUGGCAGACUCCCCAGAUCAGUUGAUCAACAAAUUGGAGGAAUAUGUACCAGUGCAUGAAGCAGUGUGA